AAAGUGAAUGUCGAAAUAAACACACAUUUAGUGUCGAAAUCAUGAAUACAUUCAAAGUGUUGGUCGAUAUAAACGACGAGAAGUUCUGUGUAUUCAUCCAAAGCGACCAUAAGAUCAUUCAAUUCAAGACAGUCUUCACUGCUAUCACCGCUCAGACCAAACACACGCUCAACGCCGACGACCACUCCUUUGAGAUCUUCGACACCGACUUCGAGGAAUGGGUUGUCGUCAACAAUUGCGAUCAGAUUAUUGACAAUUUGGCCAAAAUCCGGGUCCGACUCAAAGACAACAAACGCGAUGCCAAUCGUGCCUUCAAUGAGACAAAUAGCGUAUCGCAAGACUCGCAGACACUUCCCAAGAAUGUCAAUACUUUGGCCACAGUUAUGGCCGACGCGGGCGGAGAUCGGGUUUCGCUGACCAACACUAACAGCGAAGUAAACAAUAACGCAGUCAUUGAACAAAAGGCUCAACAAUUGAAUCCACUUCACAAUCAAUUGUCUCAACAGAAGCCGUGUCUGGAGAAGAAUUUGGUGGCGUUGGACAUCAAUUUUGAUAAUCUGAACAUCAAAUCAACGGAAAGCGCUUCCAAUGAGACGACUGACAAGAAGUCAAACAUCGAUCACAUAUUUUCUAAAAUGAAGAAAACUAUCAAUACUUUAAAAGAUGAGCGAAUGGUCGCCCAAAAAGCGGUCACCGAAACUGAUUUACUCAAUGGCAAUGUCUUAGACAAUGAGACAAUGGCUGAACCACAGGCUAUUGCCUCAAACAAUGGCAACUCUGCCAACAAAUGGCCCCCAAAUGCAGUCAAUUAUUUGGAUCUCACAAAGAGUCACAAUUACUGCUAUUCAUCCGAUUGUCUUCAUGUGAGUCAUAAGACAAUUGUCACUCAAUUCAGAAGACGUCCAGUGAUUGCCAUUCGCUACCAUCACAACGACUUUAAGGCCAUAGACUUACUGUUGGAGUUAUUGGAGAUAAACAGACGCUGUUUUGAAAGAAACUCUUCCAACGACUCGGAAAACAAUCCCAAAUGGAGGACAAUAUCGCAGCAAAUGAUAAACAAUGGAUUUGAGAACUGGUCUCCAGAGCAGUGCCGAAACGGCUUCCAUAAUGUCAUCGAAUUAUACAAAAAGACACUAAACAAAUGUCCCGAUUCUGAGACCGCAACUAAAGUGAAUCCAAUGUUUUCGGCACUCCAUUGGUUUGAUAUGAAAUAUUUGGUGAAUUUGUGUGAAUUCAAUCAAAUCCGAGAUCUGAGACAAGCGUUUAAAACGAAACCUCAUCACAAGUCCAAAGAGUACGGUCUGAUCGGCGCCAAAAAGUUUGGCUCAAAUAUGUCUCUUCUGUCCAAUAGUAAUGACAACAAGACUUGCAGUAAAUACGGCUCAAACGGAUCGCUGGCCUCAAACCAAACGAUUCCCAAAACCAAAACUAAAUACCAGACCAACAAAGAUAUCGUCGAAACCGUAAAACUGAAUAAAGUGACAAAUCUAAGCAAAAGUCGGAUCAACGAGUUUAAGACGUUAGCCAAUAGUGUGCAGACAAUAGUGGGUCAGUUCGGCCACUGCUCACGCGUUCACAACUUCUGGGAUUUGGUCGCCAAUCAGAUGAGAGCCAACGGCUACGACGACAGCGCACAAAACGCUCGCAAUAUAUUCACUGAAUUUGUCUGCGAUUAUUACGCUCUGGUUUUAAUCCGAUGUCCCGAUUAUAUGAACGCAACAGAAGUAUAUCCACUCUUUGCGUUCAUUCACGCCAUGGAUUUAAGCCAAUGUUUGAGUCAGUUUUCCUUCGAGAAGAUUAAGGAUUUGAGGGAUAAGUUUGCGGCAAAAAUGUAGUCAUUUUCUAGGCUUUUACAACUCAUCACAAUUGUAACACUCGUCUAACCUUUUUAUUAUUAUUGAGAUUUUUUAU